CACAGUCGCCACUCCCGCCCCUCAUCCUGCCUCUCAUAUUCUCAUGGCAGAGGUAGGGGUGCCGCUUAUGCGGUUCGGGCCGAGCAGCUCGUGUGGAAGUUCCGGGUCGGCGUCGCUGUCUUCGUCGGCGGCUUGGACCGAGGACGACGUCGAGCUUGAGGCGCGUGUGCAGGGCGUGACGACAAACAAGGUGUACACAUCGCGGUCAUUGCUGCUGUUUGAGCUCGAGUCACCGAUCCGGCGAAUGGCCAUUGCGCUCGUCGACUCGCCGUGGUUCGACCGCUUCAUUCUCCUCGCCAUCGUGGUCAACUGUGUGUUCCUCGCCCUUUGGAACCCGUUUGACCCGCCCAACUCGCAGAGGAACGUGGUGCUGGACAUAGCCGAGUAUGUCUUUACCGCCAUCUUUACUGCCGAGCUUAUGCUCAAGGCUCUCGCUAUGGGCUUUUUCAUGCACAAGCACGCGUAUUUGCGCGAUCCGUGGAACUGGCUCGACUUUGGCGUCGUCUGCCUCGGCUAUCUUACUCUCAUUCCGGGCAUCGGCAACUACUCGGCCAUCCGCACCUUUCGGGUCCUCCGUGCCCUCCGCACCCUCUCGGGCAUCCCGGGCCUGCGGGUUGUCAUCAAUGCGCUGCUUGCGUCGAUGCCGCCGCUGCUCAACGUCUUCUUCCUCCUCACCUUUUUCAUGGUGGUCUUUGCCAUCAUCGGCGUUCAGCUCUUUGCCGGAUCGCUCCGUCAGCACUGUGUCGACCUUGCCACACGCAGCUUUGACCCAUCAGACGUCAACCUAUGCUCGCUCUCCAACUUUGGUGGCCGCGACUGCCCAUCUGGCUUCCAAUGCCUCGCCACUGGGCCCAAUCCGGGCUUUGGCCUCAUUUCCUUUGACAACUUUGGCGUCGCCCUCCUCACCGUCCUCCAAGUCGUGACCAUGGACGAGUGGGAGAUCGUGCUUACUGCAGUGUUGCGGACAACUACUCCGCUUGCCGCCUUUUACUUUGUCCUAGUCAUUCUCUUUGGCGCUCUCUUCAUCGUCAACCUUGUCGUCGCCGUCGUCUACUCCUCGUAUGCCACCUCGCUCGACAUUCUUGUCGAGGCAGACGACUUUUCGUCCGACGCCUUUGACGACUCGCACUUUGUCCCGCUCUCUGUCGCUGGUCCGUCGCUGGCCGCUCUCCGCGCCCCGUCGCUCGCCCGCCUGCACUCGGCCGAGAGCCUACGCAGCGGCGGCAGCGCUGGCGCAGACCGCCGCCUCCCACAGUGGCGCCACCUCAUCAACGAGUUUGUGCAGUCGUCGAUCUUUCAGUCGAUCAUCAUUGCAGCUAUCGUCCUCAACACGGUAGCCCUUUCGCUCGAGUAUCCCAACGCGCCGCGCAAGCUCAAGGAUGUGCUCUUCUGGGUCAACAUUGUCUUUACUGUUCUCUUUGCCCUCGAGAUGGUCCUCAAGAUUGCCGGCAUGGGCCUUCGCCGCUACAUUGCUGACCGCUUCAACGUCUUUGACGCCUUUAUCGUCGUCGUCUCGCUCAUCGAGCUUGUUGCUGCCCGUGGCGAGGGCUCGGGCCUGUCGGUCCUCCGUGCUUUCCGCCUCUUGCGAGUCUUCAAGCUUGCACGGUCGUGGUCCUCGCUGCGCACGCUUCUCGACGUCAUCAUGUCGUCCAUCGGCUCUAUCGGCUCUAUCACCCUUGUCAUGGUCAUCAUGAUCUUCAUCUUUGCCCUCACCGGGCUGCAGCUCUACGGCGGGCGUUACGAGGACCUACCGCCAGACCGGUCGCGGACCGACUUUGACGACUUUUGGUCUGCCAUCAUCUCUGUUUUUCGCAUCCUCAUCGGCGAGUGGACCGUUCCGCUCUACGACGCCAUCCGCGCCACCAACGAGUCGGCCAUCAUCUACUUUGUCGUCGUUCUUCUGGUCGGCAACUACCUCAUCCUCAACCUCUUCCUCGCUAUCCUCCUCUCCAACUUUGAGUGGGCCGAGGUCAACCGCCUCGAGGAAGAAGCCCGCGCCGCUGCCGAAGAGCGCAACGGUGGCGCCGCCUCCCGCACAGCUACCGGUUGGCGCUCAUGGCCGCGCCGCGUCCAUCGCCUGAUCUGCGGCCGCUGCGCAGAGCCGCCCCAUGACGACCACAAGGUCGUCAACGGGACUCACGUCGACGCCGCCGGCAAGCCGGUCUUUGUUGUCAAGGACAGCAGCGACGACGACGCACCCUUGGCCCGCCCGCGCUCGGUCGCCGAGCACGCACUCGGCAGCGCCCGCAACGAGCCUCGCUCCUUUUCGCUUGACUCGAUUGUCUCUGCUGUCGUCGAGUCGAGCCAGGCGGCCGAGAGCGAGUGCAGCGAUGACGCCGCCGCGACCGACGACGCACCCAAGUACAAACGGCUCUACGGCAAUGCGCUCUUUGCCUUUCCGCCAGCCUCGAAGCUCCGAGUCGUCCUCCAAAAAGUCGUCGAACAUCCCUCGUUUGAGUGGGUUGUCCUCGUCUUUAUCUUUCUCUCAUCGGUUGCGCUGGCAGUCGAGGAGCCCGGGCUCGACCCGAACGGCUCGACCACACGGGUGCUCUACAUCCUAGACGUCAUUUUUGCCGUCGUGUUUACUGCCGAGCUUGUCAUGAAGGUCCUUGUCUACGGCUUUUGGUUCCACUACGGCGCGUACAUGACCGACGCGUGGAACCGGCUCGACGCCGCCAUUGUGGCCAUUUCGAUUGUCUCGCUCGCGGGCCCGUCGUCACUCUCCUUCAUCCGGGCCAUCCGCACGCUACGAGCCUUCCGCCCGCUGCGAGCCAUCACGCGCAAUGAGGGCAUGCGAGUAGUGGUCAACGCGCUCUUUGCCUCGAUCCCGGCCAUCUUCAACGUCCUCCUCGUGUGCGGCCUGUUCUGGCUGGUCUUUGCCAUUCUCGGCGUCCAGGCCUUUGGCUCAAAGUUCGCCUACUGCACCAACCCGGACGUAGAGUUCCGCCACCAGUGCGUUGGCCCGUUUAACGCCACCUCGCCCGACGGCGAGACAAGCGUAGAGCUGGCACGGUGGACAAAUCCCAACAUCAACUUUGACCACGUGCCAAACGCCUUCCUUGCGCUCUUUCAAGUCGCCACCUUUGAGGGCUGGUACGACGUGUUCUGGGCCGCCAUCGACGCCACCGAUAUCAACCGCCAACCGCGGACAAACAACCAGCCGCUCAUGAUGACCCAGUACCGGCCGUCGAUCCGCAUCGAACGCCCGGCCUCGCGCCUCCGCGGCGUCCUGUACGAUAUCGUCAUGGCGCCGGCCUUUGAGCUCGCCAUCAUGGUUGCCAUCCUCGCCAACAUGGCCGCCAUGUGCCUUCAGUACUACGGCCAGCCGUCCGACUACACCCUUGGGCUGGAGAUUGUCAACUACAUCUUUGCCUUUAUCUUUGCGCUCGAGGCCGGCAUCAAGAUCGCUGUCUACAAGUGGCUGUACUUUGUCAACCGCUGGAACCAGUUUGACUUUUCGGUGGUCCUCCUCUCGCUGGUCGGCAUUGUCAUCACUCUCUUUGGCACCGUGCUUCCGAUCAACCCGACGCUCCUCCGCAUCCUGCGAGUUUUCCGCGUCGCGCGCAUCUUCCGCAUCAUUAAGUCGGCCGCUGGCAUCCGCAAGCUUAUGAUCACGCUCCUCUACUCGCUGCCGUCGCUGGUCAACAUUGGCUCGCUCCUCUUCCUCAUCUUCUUUAUCUACGCCAUUCUCGGCAUGAACAUAUUCGGCAAGGUCAUCCUGCAGGACCAGCUCAACAACGAGACCAACUUUCGCACCUUCCCCAAGUCGAUGCUCCUCCUCUUCCGGGUCUCGACCGCCUCAGGCUGGGACGUACUCCUCGGCGAGUGCUCGGUCCAGCCGCCUGAUUGCUCGCGCGAGGCCGGCAACUGCGGCGACUUUACUCUUGCCGUCCUGUUCUUUGUCUCGUUCCUCCUCGUCACCUUUUACGUCAUGCUCAACUUAUUUGUGGCCAUCAUUCUCGAGUCGUUUGACAUUGCCACUCGCGAGGAGGGCGCAACCGUGACCGACGACGAUCUCUCCAACUUUGCAGAAAAGUGGUCGCACUACGACCCCAACACCACAUACUUUAUUGCCUUUACCGAGCUCCGCGCCCUGGUCCUCGAGCUUGAUCCGCCGCUCGGCGUCGGUGCCGAGCUCUCGGACGCCGACCUCGAUGCCGAGAUCCACCGCCUCGACGUCAACAUCUACCUCGCUGACGAUGGCUCGUGGCAAGUCAACUUUUUGGACGUGCUCCUCGCCCUCUCGCGGCGUGUCAACGAUGACGUCGACCUGCCCGAGUCGAUCAAGGCCAAGACCGAGUCGCGCCUCCGGAAGGCCUUCCCGCAGUGUAGAACGCGCGAGCCGAUGGCCACCACUCUCCAGAUUGGCGCUGCCCUCCGCAUUGUCGAGUGGUACUCUGCGUUUAAGAACAGGUCGCGCGCCCGCGCCGCUGCCGCUGACACCGCGCCCGGCCCCGACGCCGCUGCUGGCACCACGCCCGCCCAAGUGUCGUCAGACUCGAGCUCGUCGUACGAAUCGUACUCGUACUCGAGCCCUGCUGCCGACCUUGCCUCGCAUCCCGUUGUGCUGUAG